AACUGGAUACAUUUAAAACGAACAGAGUACGUUCUUAGUAAUUAGGUGUUUGGUCUUUAUUCUUUGACCCCUGCUAAAAUGCCAGCCAUGCUGCACCCAGCUCCUAGAGAAGAUGGUAGUCAGAUCAUAUGCUACCCGAUGGCCCGGCAAAAAUGCGUUCAGCUAUGAGUUCCUUCCCAAGAAGAAUCCACUGUGAAGGCACACUAUACUCCUACAAGUAACUUUCUGGUAUCAAGGUCAGGAAGAAAGCAUUUAACGUUUGCCGAUACCAAUAAACACUAUCGUGUUCCAUUAUAUGAACAACAACGACAGCAUCACCUCCAUCUAAUGAAUGCUUCAUAUAAAGUUCAUAUUUCAAGAAUUGUUUCAUUUUAAAACUAUUUGCUAUAUGAAAAAGAAAGUUCACUCACCUUGAUUAUUAGAAUGUCAGAUGCAAUAGUCUAGAAUAUAGCCCCUUUCUUUUAGGCUAAUAAUAUAAGAGUUAAUAGAAAAAAAAAAAAGUCGGAUUCAUAUCGUAAAUAAUUUUCAGAAAAGAAAACAUUACAGUAGAAAAUAGUAUGGCAUGCAGAGUUUCUUAAGAAAGGAUAAAACCAGUAACGAGAUUGUACAAGUUAAAUGAGUUACAAAGCAAGGAUAUAAAGGACCUUUUACCCAAAUAGGAAUAUUCAUAAAAUAGUUUGGUUUUGCAUAUAUAUAACAUACAAAAAGAAAAAGAAACUAAUUAAUUUGAAAGUCGACAAGUGGAUAAUAUUUGGGUAAGAUUAUGAAAAAAAUGUGAUCUUGUUUGGUAAACGGAAAUACUUGUAUAAAAGUUCAGUGAUAAACUGCAAGCAAUCGAGACAAAAAUUAAAUAUACGUGAUCUCCUCCAAUAAGACACCAAAUAUAACACAACCCCCAAAACCCUAACUAUCUUGAACCCACCAAGAAGCUAGAAACAUCAAGAAUGUCGAUCAUGAUCAAGAUCCCGUCUAUUCUCAUAAUCUUUCCACUUGCUUUAACUUUCUUCACACUCUCUACAUCACAAAAUCUUCCCUACAUGCAACCCUAUUUCUCCAUGAUAACAGGUGGAAGAUGGGUUCUUCUCCAAGAAAGCAUAGGCAUCUCAGCCAUGCACAUUCAAGUUCUCAAAAACAACAAAGUCAUCAUGUUCGAUCGUACAGAUUUUGGCCACUCUAAUCUGUCUCUGCCAUACGGCAAAUGCCGCUUCAACGACGAAGCCGUCAUGCUAGAUUGCACUGCACAUUCUGUCUUGUACGACAUCGCUACUAACACAUUUCGCCCUCUCAUGAUUAUAACCAACACUUGGUGCUCUUCUGGCUCCCUUGAUUCUAACGGCGUUCUUGUACAAACUGGUGGUGAUGGAAAAGGUGAGCGUGUCGUCCGUACAUUCACGCCGUGCGAUGACGAUUCUUGUGACUGGGUUGAGCUUAGUAACAGUUCCAGCACUCUCUUGAAUAGGAGAUGGUAUUCUAGUAAUCAAAUAUUACCUGACGGUAGAAUUAUAAUUGUUGGUGGUAGAAGGGUUUUUACUUAUGAGUUUUACCCUAAGGGCAGUUCUUUGGUUAGAGAUAACAUGACAUUGCCUUUCUUGGUUAAAACUAGAGACCCAUUAGAGGAGAACAAUCUUUACCCCUUUUUACACCUUUUACCCGAUGGUAAUCUUUUCAUUUUUGCCAAUAAUCGAUCCAUCUUGUUUGAUUAUUCAAGAAACUUAGUUAUCAAGGAAUUCCCUGUUUUGCCCGGCGGUUCUAGAAACUUCCCUUGUACUGGCUCUUCCGUUUUGCUUCCUCUCCGGUUAAAUCGCGGCAACGGCGUCGGCGUUAAUAAUUAUAUGGCUGAAGCCGAGGUGAUGGUUUGUGGUGGGUCACAGCCUGGUGCGUAUCUCAAAGCUCACUUGGAGAAUAUUUACAUGGAAGCAUCAAGAACCUGUGGCAGAUUAAAAGUGACCGACCCGAAUCCUGAAUGGGUGAUUGAGUUCAUGCCAAUGCCCCGAAUCAUGAAUGAUUUGUUACUUUUACCCACUGGUGACGUCAUUAUUAUCAACGGCGCUGCUAAUGGAAGUGCGGGUUGGAAUGAUGCGGUCAACCCGGUUUUCCAUCCGGUUCUUUACUUAACUGAAGCGGAUCCGACCCAGAGAUUCAUAGUGUUGAACCCGACGACUAUUCCAAGAAUGUACCACUCAACAGCAGCAUUAUUGCCAGACGGCAGGAUAUUAGUGGGAGGAAGUAAUCCACACCCAACGUACAACUUCACUGCGUAUCCGUACCGUACGGAAAUGAGUUUGGAGGCUUUCUACCCGCCGUAUUUGGACUCGAUUCAUGCACCUUUAAGACCGUCAAUAUUGACAGUGGAGGGAGCGGUGUCGUACAAUUGGAUGUUUUCUGUUACGUUUGUGUUGACGCUCUACCGGGAGGAUUUAGGGAUAGGGGUUAAGUUGAUGACGGCGUCGUUUAAUACACAUUCGUUUGGAAUGAAUCAGAGAAUGAUUGUGCUGAAAGUAGUGAGCGUGUGGAGAUUGUCUGAGUUUGCACAUAAAGUGAAUGUUGUUGGGCCCACUAAUGUAAACGUGGCACCACCUGGAUAUUAUAUGCUUUUUGUUGUACAUGCUGGUAUUCCUAGUCAUGCUGUUUGGGUUAAGGUACAGUGAGACUCUUUUAGACAGGAGUUAAGAUUCUUUAUUCAGUUAAUUUUUGUAAGAACAAAACAAAAACCAAAGAAUAGUGUCUGUUUCUUGCAUUAAGCUGUAAAUUUUAGACACUUUCUAGAAAGUGAAAAAGAAAAUAGAAAAAUGGAGAUGCGGGGUAUCGAUCCCCGUAUCUCUCGCAUGCUAAGCGAGCGCUCUACCAUCUGAGCUACAUCCCCAUGCUGACAUCUUA